UGCGCAUAUUGCCUGAGAUGCAGUUCGGUGGCUGUGCACUCGCCUAUGUCCUGCUGAUAAACUUAUACCAUCGGAUUUCUUAUUAACAAUGGAGGAAGAAUUUUCAUCUCACGAAAAUGUGGUAGAUUUGUUACAUAAAAAGCUUCCAUCGAAGACAAGCAAUGGAGAUUUCGAAAAACAACCUCUUUUAGUUUCAGAUAAAGAUCCUAGCAGAAAAUCAAGAUGGUCUACCAGAUACUUUGUGGCUGUGAUGGCAUGCAUUGGAUUCGGCUGUUCUUAUGGAAUGCGGGUUAAUAUGAGUGUCGCUAUAAUCGCAAUGGCCAACAGUAGUUAUAGUACCGACUAUAACCUUAACUCAUCCACAGAACUUUGCCCAGAACUUGGUGAUUACUAUGGCAACGAAACAAGUGGCGAAAGCAAGGUAGAUCUAUAAGCGUCUAUAUUCCUAAUGACAAUGGUAUCACCUUACGAUAAAGUGUCGAAUGUCCUUUCUUUUUUUUUUCUCAAUUUCUGUGCACCCAAGACGUCAUCAUGAGCUCCACUU